AAAAUAAAAAAUAAAUACAAAUAAAUCUAAUAUAUAUGAUCUGUCAGGUUAAAUUUAAUUCGAAUUUCUAGUUGAUAAGUUUAAUAUAAUUUAAAUCAAUUCAAAAUGCGUUUUAAUAAACAAGAGUUAAUUACGCUAGCCACACAACCGUCAAAUAAGUUUGAAAAGGAAGGUGUUUUAUUUGUAAGGGAACGUCAAGAAAGUUUUUUUAGAAGAUCGGAAAAAUCCAAAAAAAUAAACUUGAGUGCAGUGGCGUGCGUUACAGGACGGGGGGAUCACGGAAAUAAAGGAAGGAAAUCCGAUAGUGGGUUACGCAGCCUUAGUUGCGUGGGCAGUGUUUUAAAAGUUUCCUUAGAGAGAUGGUGUCGACUUCGUGGUAAUUUACUAUUUUAUUUUAAAUCGCGCGAUCAAUGGUCAGAGCCGUUAGGUGUAAUUGUAUUAGAACAGUGUAAUGUACGAUUAGAACCACCUACAUCAAAUGUUCCACCACAAAUUGAAGGGCAAUAUCCAUUUUAUAUUGUGUUUACUGGAGGUCUUUGUCAAACAUUAGCUGCAAAUUCUGAAGUGGAACGUUCGGAUUGGAUAAAUCUAUUAAGUCGUGCAAGUUAUUCAAAUAUGCGGCUACAAUUGCAAACACUAAGGCAAUGUAUUGAACGUAAACCACGUAAAAAUCAUAUGACAAUCUCAGAAUGGCGGGAAAAACGUGGUAUUGUUUUAGAUAUGAACGAAUUGCCAUUAUGUGAAGUAUCAUUAGCAUGUGAUAAUUUAUUAUGCGAUGGUAAUGGACAACCACCAAAUCCUGCAAUAGCCGUUCAUGCAUUCAUGCCAUCAUCUAGAUUGUGGUUGGAAUAUGCUACCACAGAAUUAGUUGAAAAAUGUAGUAAUGCAAUAUUUUUAACUACAAUUGGAUUCCGUGCAAGCGAUGGUUUAACAAGUGAUUCACAAAUUCGAUUCAUUGUUUACGAUGUACGUGAAAAAGUUUCACAAACUGCCAUACCAAUAGGCUCAGCAUGUAUACCAUUAAGUUCAUUACAAGAUGCAGCCAGAUUACGUGUGCCAUUACAAGAACCAAACACAAAGAAUACAGUUGGUUUUUUAACAUUAAAUUCAUGGACUUUGGAAGCUGAAGAUCGUGGAUCAAGUACAGAACACACACCAUGUCGAUCGAUACCAAACAAUAAUAAAACUCAGAUUUUAUCACAUCGAAGAUCACAAUCAUUACCACCACGAUUGGGUGUUAAAUUACGUUUGCCUACACAGGCUGAAUUACGUUUAAUUUUCUCAAAUAUUUACUUAAAAACGUAUCGCUUUCAUUCCGGCUUGGGUGGUGAUAUUUGUGUUUAUGAGCUUAUGGCCGAAAGUCGAUUAUGUUUCACAUUUCCACAGCAAUUAUUACAUGUUUGGAUGACACAAGAAAAAGAGUUGUUACAAGAAGUUGCUGGAAUGGGCGAAUUACGUGAACCAUGGCAUUCAAGACAGAUUGAACUGUUAGAUAGGCAUUUACAUAUGUUACGGUUAUAUUCACAAGCUAGAGAAAAUUUACAAGCUCAUAAAGGUACUAUGUUUAAACCAAGCUCUCGUAAAAGUGAUAGAACAUUAGAAUUUGCACCAGUGAAUCUUCACUUUCAACGUAUGUGGGUACAUAAUGAUACAUUAAACAAAUCAGGCUUUUAUGAUAUUGUCACUGUUGGUGCAUUUACUGCACAUGGCCAUAAAUCUAAAAAUGGUGGUCUUAUUAAAUUAGUACAACAAUUAAAGGAAUCACCUUUAAAAGGUACACAAAAUCAAGGUUCUAGUAAAAUAAAUAUGGCCUACGAUGCUAUUCAAGCAAUAAAGCUAUUGAGACGUGAAAUUGUUGAAGCAAUGAAAACUUUAAUGCGUUUAGCUAAAGAAAAACAAACGAAUGGAAUGAUUCCUAUUUGUGAUGAAAUGAUUUCAAAGACACGAAUAUUAUUAAGUUUAUGGGAUCCAGGAUUAGUUGAAGAAGCGUUAAAUUUUGUUGAAGAGCAUAAAAUAGCACCCAAUAAUGACGAUUCUGGUGUUAGUGAAGAUUUCAGUUUAGAUAAUAUGCGGCCAUCAUUAACACUUUCACCAUUUAAACGUAUAACACAACAAUUAACAUCGUUAGAUUUAAAAUCACCAGAUUUAGAUGAUUUUGCAACGCCAUGUACUCCACGUAAUGUUGAAGAUAUUUGGAAAUUACCCGAUGGUUCUACAAAAUUACAAUCAUUACAGAAAAAAGAUGAUACUAAAACAAUCGAAAAUUUAACAGCAGACGUAUGGAAUUUAAAAAUGCAAAGCUUAAAUGAUUCACAACGUUCAGAUACCACGUAUAAUUCAAAAACUGAUGAUAAUCAAUUUAUUGUGUAUCCAGAUGUGGAUAAUGAAGCAGAUUCUACGGCCACAUCCUUAGAUAAGAAGAGCGAUGAUGAACAAAAGAAAUCUAUUGAGAAGAGUAAUGAACAAGAUUUAGGUAAAAUAUUUUUAGAUACAAAAGUAAUGUCUUCAUCACCGUCGGCCAAUUAUUAUAAGCCUACUGAUGAGCCAGAACCUUGGGACCUGACACAACUUAAUAUUGAAGCUAGUGUAAUGUGUUUAGUGAGUAAAGUGAAGUUUUUGUGUGGACGUUGUGGUAGUCCUGCAGUUCGAUUACGUGGCCAAAAAACCGUCACACGUUCACGUAGUUUUAGAACACAAUCAAUAAAUAAUCAACAAAAAUCUGAAGAUAAAUCAGAGAAUGUUGUUACAAAUCAACCACAGAAGACUGAAGAAAAAACUGAGCCAUUAAAUACGGGUGAAGAAUUAGCAAAAGUUGUGAAUACUGUACAACGUGUUGUACGAAAUGGAAAUAAAUUUACAGAAGGAUUAGACUUAGCAACUCUUACCGAUUGGGCUGCAGAAUUACGACCAAGCAUGAGGAAGUUACGACAAGCAAUGGAUGGAUUGCUAAAAACAGCUCGAUUAGCACAUUCUGUUCUCCGAUUACAACAAGACAAUCGAACUGCUCAAAGAGCUUGUAAUGUACGAUAUAGAAGAGAUGUUUGCUUCUCACAAGCGCUAACAUCAUUAGUAAGUGGUUUAAUGGCUCGAUUAUGGUGUCAAAAACCCGAUCCAGCGUUUAUAGUUAGUUUAACUGCACUGGGGCCCCUUGCUUGUUUCGAAGGAUUAUUAAGUUAUUAUGGUGAUGAAAUUGAUAUGUAUGGUGAUAUGUCUGUUGCUGUUGAAGAUCUACGAACUGUUACAUUUACACUUACACAUUCACCUGUCCUAAGCAAUCAUCAACAACAAAUAUUACCCCAACCAAAAAUAACUGGAUGUCGAAACUCACUUGUGGUUCUACUUCCGGUUCCAGAUGCCGUAUAUUCCUUACUUCCAUCUAGACAGAAUGUUUCAUUUCAUGUGACUCCUGUAUUCUUUAAUGUAGGCAUAAAUGAAAUGGCAACACUAGCUGAAAGUUUAGGAGCAACGCGGCCACAAGAACGUUCAAAUGUUGAUAAUUUCGAACGAUUAAAUGAAUAUUUUUUACGAUUUAGAAAAUUAAAUUUACCAACAUCGACGCCGAUUAAUGCUCGAAUUUCUUCAUGUAAUUCAACAAAUAAGCCAUUGAAUGAUUUAAUCGAUUUGCUGAGAGUAGCAGUAAAUAGCAAUAAAAGUAAGAAUGUUGAAAUUUUGCAUCUUUCAGCUCAGAUAUGUAGAACAAUGAAAGGAUUACGUUAUACAAGUUGUAAAAGCGGAAAAGAUCGCACGGGCAUGUCAGUAACAUUAGAACAAUGCCAAAUUUUAGUUUCUGAUUAUCAUUUAGCUGAACAUGAAUUUCCUAGGGCUCUAGAUUGUAUGAGAAGCGAGGGAUGUCGUCGUGAAAAUGCACAGAAGAAUAUUGGAAUACGAAAAUACGCAUUCAAUAGUUUACAGUUAUUUACAUUUCCAAGACUGUACAGGCCACCGGCUGGAACGUAUGGCACUGCUCAGACUUAAAACAUAAAAUUUUAUCAAUUGUUAUUUAUUAUUAUUUAUU